AUGCUAUUGAAUAAAUACCCAGACAACGAGGAGGUCGACAAAAUGAACUACGAGAAGCGAUUCCUCAUCGCAUGCGCAUGCUUCAAGUCCUGUCUCUACGAGGAGCUUCGAUUCCUGAGUCUCGGAGACGGUCUCCGACCAGAGGUCAUUAUAACCCUCCACAAGCUAGUGAAGCUGCUAAAAGCUAUCUUUGUACUUGGUGAGCAGAUGGCACACACAUGUCCAGAUUGUCGCACUGUCCGUAACAAGCCGACGGACCACUUCGUGGCCCAGUUCGAGCGUCUAUGUAGCGACCGCAUUAUGGCCCCUUUGACACAGGCUAUUGCUGACCUUCAGGCAGAUCAGUUGUUGCCAGAGCCCAAAGCGAGCGUUGACUUUUAUGUAUCUUCGGAUUUGGACGAUUGUCGUGCGGAUACUAGUGCUUUGCUCUCUGGUGCCAAGCUGCCUCUGGAUAUGACUGACGACGUUCCGGGCCAAAAAUCGCCCGAUGCUGCACGGGCCCCUCCAGAUGAGCCCCCCAAUCACCUGGAUGUCAUCAGCACUCCAGCUCUAGUCGCAUUGCUUAUCCCAGAGCCCAACGCCAUGUCUCUACAAUCAGCAGCAGAUAGCCAGCCACCAUGCCACCAAACAACCGCCAUCAGACUGCUAGCUGACUCCCUGUAUGAGUCGACGCGUGGGUCAACCGGCCUUACGAACCAGGUCCAAAACGAACUUGGUCUGCUUCUGGCCGUGCUAAGCGCGACUGAGACAUAUACAUCGUCACUAGGCGCAGAAUGUGUCCACUUUGCAGUCCUGAAAAAAAGAUUGCAUAGCUGCCAUGUCGUUCUGCUGGAAUUGCAGAAGUUGCUGUUACAUCCAGAUACGCUCGGGGCUCAGAGUCUGGUUUCUGAUAUUCGCGCGCGUCUCUCGUCGGUUAUUUUUGGAAUUACUGAGGUGAAUUUGAAUAUGAUGAUAUCAUCGCAGAAGAUUAUUGAGCAUGCGCUGAGGUGUUUUGUCAAUGACGUUUCUGCUGGCAACAGAGAGGCUUUGGUUGUCUCUGAUGUUUUGAAGGAUUCUUCGAAACUUGAGGAAGAUGGAGUCUGGGCCCAGCUACAAGGGGAGUUGGUCGCUACUGGCAUUUCUUCGGAUUUAUUGACACUGAACCGGAACUUCGUGAUGCCGACUCUUCGAAAGAUAGCAGAUGGCCUACUGUCUGCUAACAAAGAGGGCACGACUCCAACGAAAGUGCCUGAGUCUCCAGCACCAGAACCAGCCCUGAAAAUGGAACGCCAGGGAAGCCUGGAGGACAAGGACUGGCUAGCAGAUGAACCAUCUGGUCUUCCAUUCCUCCCGCUUCCACCAAAAGGCUUCUCAUUUUCAGACAAGCACAGCUCAUAUUCAAUCCCAAAGCAGCCCUAUCCAGAAAAAGAGACAAUACGAGAAGAAAACCUCCCCAUACCAGUGAUAUUGGACAUGCAAGACUCUACAGAUACACAGAAACAAGCGCUACCAGUCGAUAACUUCCCCAUCCCAGUUCUCACAGAGUACCCCCCUCCACAAAAAGACGACGGCACAAACCUUCCAAUACCAGUGAACGUGCCUAUCUCGCCCAAACCACCAAAACUCUCACUAGACCUGGAUACCUUCAAAGUAUCAAGAAACUCAAAAAAGCCCCACCGAAUGAGCCGUAUUCUCUGGGAAAUAACCAGAUCCAAAGUGCCCUUCAUCGCCGCCAUAAAAGCCAACCACCACGAAACCGUACAAGCCCUCCUCUCCAAAGGCGCCGACGCCAACUCCCAAAAAGACGACGGCACAACAGCCCUAAUGGCCGCUGUCUCCUACGGCCACGAAGCCCCAACCCGGCUACUUCUAGAAUAUGGUGCAGACCUAAACGCCCGGACCCUAACCGGCGAGACGGCCCUCAGCAUCGCCGCAACACGCGGCUUCGACCGCAUCGUACAGAUGCUGAUUGCCUCGGGCGCGAAUGUCAAUUCAGGGAAAGGGAUUGGCAAGACGGCGCUCUCGCAAGCUGCCACAUAUGGACAGGAUCGGAUUGUGGAGCUUUUGCUGGACUGCGGGGCGGAUAUCGAUGCUGUUAAUAGUACGGGUGAUACGGCGUUGGCAUUGGCGGCUUUGAAUGGGAAUAUGAGGGUUGCGAGAUUGUUGCUUGAUCGCAGGGCGAAGGUUGAUCUUAUGCGGUAUCCUUGGCAGACGCCGUUGUAUAAGGCUGUUCAGUCGAAUGUGGUGGGCAUGGUUAGGCUUUUGAUGGAGCGCGGGGCGGAUCCGUUUGUUAAGGGGGGACCUCGGAGGACGGAGACAGUUAUGGCUUUUGCGGGGAGAAUGCAGAGGAGGGAGGUUUUGGAGGUUUUUGCGCAGUAUGGGUAUUAUCCUGGGGGAGGAGGACCGGUGAGAUAUCAGUAUUUUUGA